CGCCGUGCCGCGGCUCGAAAAUGCGCCGAUCGCUGCAACACUUCGUCAGACGUGUCGUCCGCUGCCGCACUGUCCGCGCACACGCCGCCGUCCACAAACCCAAGUACGCUAACCCGCGGGUGUACCAGCCGCCGCCGCCGCCGCUAAACGUCGAGAUACCCAACCGCCGAGAAUCGAUCAAAUCGACCACAAUGGUUCAACUCAUCACCGACGCCGCCGAUUUGGCAACUAAAUUAACUGAUGCCAAAGAAAAAUUAGUCAUCAUCGACUUUUUUGCCAAAUGGUGUGGUCCAUGCAAGUUGAUGGCUCCAUUCAUUGAAGAACUGGCCAACGAGUACCCUGACGUAGUCAUGUUGAAAGUUGAUGUUGAUGAAUGCGAAGAAGCCGCUAUUGAGUAUAACAUCCAAUCUAUGCCAACAUUCGUCUUCCUAAAAUCAAAAACCGAGGUUGUUCGGUUUUCUGGUGCUAACAAAGAUAAAUUAAAGGAAAAUUUAUUGAAAUUCAAAUAAUAAUAUCAAAAUUGGCUUCAACCAUAGUGUCUUAAUGGACCUGCAUAUAUUCAAUGAAGUUUUUAUUACAAUGAAACAAAAAUAAAUUUUAUACUGUCAUUCA